AUGGACAUUGGUAGUCCAACAAUGGCAAUCCAAGGCCCUAUAACAAACGACCCAGUCUCCGCAUACAACGCCGUCCGCGACGGCUCCCUCAAAUACGCAAUGUACCACUACUGCCCGGAAUCCGACAAAAUCGCCGUAAAAGAAACAGGCCUCCCCAACCCCGACGCAGGCGAGGAACGCGCGUGGGAGACGUUCCUUGACCGGCUGAAGAGUGAUGAGUGUCGGUAUAUCGUAUAUGAUUUUGUUUAUCAGGGGAUUCAGGAAGGGAAGGAGGUUGUCAAAAGGAAGUUGCUGUUUAUUCUUUGGGCCCCGGAUGGUGCGCACGUUAGGGAGAAGAUGAAUCUUUCUAGUCAUGGGAAGAGGUUUCGAGAGACGUUGGGACAUUUUGACGAUGAGUUGCAUACCACUGAAAAGGAAAGGAUCAGAUAUCCGGAAGUUGUGAAGAGGUUGGAGCGAGAGGUGAAGUGA